UUGCUCAACUGCACUUUCAGGCCGGAUGAAGAUGAUGACUCUGUCGAAGAAUCUACAGAACGAACAGCUGAUGACGAUGAGGAUACUGAAGAAGACCAACCGUUAGAAGAUCAAUUAUUUGCGGGUCUACGAAGAAAAAUUGAAAAUAACAUAAAGCGGGUCAAACAAUUCGUUGAGGAGCCAGAAGUCGUUCGAGAUGCUCAAACUGAGGACGACGGCGAAGAGCCACAACUCCCUCAAAAACGACCAAAACGAAGAAAACAAAAGGAAUCUCGUGUAAAAGUAGAACCAACAACGCAGGUAAACAAGUGCGCUGAGCACUGCCACUAA